AGGGCGGGAAUAAUGGCUUACUGUAGCUCUGACUAGCUUUAACCGUUAAUGACAGAGCGAGUUUGUGGAGAUUUGGAGAUUCAGAGGUCAGCGACUGGAGAGAGACUGCUACAGGAGGGGAAUGGAGGUGUAGAGGGGAGUCUGAGGAACAUUUAUGCCCUUCAGUUGUGUACAGUACUAUUUAGGGCGCCGAAAGAGGGAGAGAUAGAGGGAGAGAUAAGGGGGUGAGUGGCAAAUCCUGAUUGGAGUUGACAGGCUCCACUCUUCCAGCCCCUUUUUCUCCCAAACCAGGAAACUGAGUGUGUGCUUCGAGACGAGGAACCCGUUCAACCCUUCGGAGGCAGGAUAGAUGAGGAAGUUCUCCUUAUUAUCGACACUGUUUUGUUGACUUUUCUCGGUUUGGGACUCGGAGCAGCGCGGAGCAACUGAAUAAUGAGUGAGCUGAGCGUAUGUAACGCGAGGGCCACAGUGAUGGUGUAUGAUGAAGCUGGGAAGCGCUGGGUGGCGGCUGGCACCGGCCCUCAGGUCUUCAGUCGUGUCCAGAUCUACCACAACCCCUCCACCAACAGUUUCAGGGUAGUGGGAAGGAAGAUGCAGCCUGACCAACAGGUGGUGAUGAACUGUCCAAUCGUGAAAGGGCUGAAAUACAAUCAGGCCACGGCCAAUUUCCAUCAGUGGCGAGAUGCGCGGCAAGUUUGGGGUCUAAACUUCGGCAGUAAGGAGGAUGCCGCACUCUUCGCCAAUGGCAUGAUGCAUGCACUGGAAGUGCUCAGUGCCGAUGGAGGAUAUUCUGCAGGCCCCCGUCUGGUGUCAAAUGGACCAACCCAAGAGGAGCUGGAGCAGCAGAGAAGAUUGGAACAACAAAGACUGGAGCAACUGGAACGAGAAAGGCAAGAGAGAGAAAGACAGGAAAGAGAGAGACUAGAGAGAGAAAGACAGGAGAGAGAGCGACAGGCUGCUUCAGUGAUGGUUCCUCCUGCUCCUCCUCUUGCCCCCGGAGGCCCACCAGCUCCCCCUGCUCCACCUCCUCCACCCGGCCCCCCUCCCUCUGUUGGAGGUGGACCCCCCCCACCACCAGGACCCCCACCUUCUGGUGGAGGUGCACCCCCACCUCCAGCACCACCCCUUCCAUCUGCAUCAGGUGGGGGAGGUGAAGGAGGUUUAGGGGGAGGUGGACUUGCUGCUGCUCUUGCGGGAGCAAAACUACGCAAAGUCGCCAAGCAGGACGAAACUGGUUCUGCAGCUCCUUCUGCUCCUGCGCCUGCCCCUGCUCCUGCUAAACCUGACUUGAGCCGCUGCAGUGGGUCUGGGCCUAGCGGAGGAGGCGGAGACCUGUUUGGAGAGAUGAGUGCCAUACUUGCACGACGGAGGAAAGCAGCAGAUAAAGGGGAGAAAGCUCCUCCGGCCCCAAAGACAGAAGAGCCCAGUAACGAUGAUUCUGAAUCUCAAGGCCAAAGUGACACGUUAAGGAGGCCGUGGGAAAAGUCUGCUACCAUGCCCAGGAAUAACUCUGUUACCCGAGGUCUGGAUUCACCCGCCUUCACUGCUCUGACACCCAGGCUGAAAGCAGCUGGCUCAUCGAAUGAUGCUGAGAGUGGAGAUGAGUCUGAACUGGAGAGAGUCAAACAGGAGCUGCUGGAGGAAGUGAGGAAAGAGCUGCAGAAAGUCAAGGAUGAAAUUAUUGGAGCAAUCAUUCAGGAGUUACAGAGGAGAAGCACAUAGUCUCUCUUUCUCUCUCUCUCUCAUUCUCUCACACACACACACACACACACACACACACACACACGCGCGCACGCACACACAAAUUUAUGCAGGGACUUAAUCCAUUCAGCUUGAUUUUGAUUUUAAAUCAUUCAGUUUUUAUUUUAUUUUCCCCACCAUCACCAUUGCUUGCUCAAAAAAGUUUACACCUCUUUUGGGUGUUAAUGAAAUGUGUGUAUGUAAUUAACAGUUACUGUAAAAGCUCAGCGAGCGCACACACACAAACACACACAUAUGUAUGCUCUCUCUCCCUCUCUCUCUCUCUCUCUCUCUCUCUCGCCAUCACUCCCUCACUCACUCAGCAACCACACCAGAGUUGCAAUCAUCUACAGACAGGAUGUGAAUGCAUGGUUCAUCAUCACUCUAACUGUUCUGUGUUUUGAUACAUAUUGAGAGUACAAUCAAAUGCAAGACUUUGUGCUGCUCCUAAAGAGCACAGCUAAAUAAUAUGGCAUGUAAAUAGUAGUAGGCGUCUGUGCCAUGGUUCACUAGUGAACUGUAUUAUUGAACUAGCAAGCAAGCAGGCAAGGUAGCCUCAGUGGAGGUAUUUCCUCAGUUCAGGGCUCUGUCUCAAAUCGCGCACUAUGCACUACAUUGUUACACUGUGUAGUACGUGGACUUUUAUCAGGCAGUCACACAAAUCAAUCACUAAUGCUUUUCACUGAACAUAAAUAGACACUUUAUGUGCCAGAACAUCCACUACCACAUUUUAAAACCACCUCAACUCUUUUCUCCUCAUUUGCAUUUGUUGUGUAAUGGCCAUUAUGAAAAUUAAAAACUACAAAGGCUCUGCCCCUUCUGCUGCUUUGAGCAGACUGCAACCAUCAAGCAUUAAAAAUUUCUGCUCAGUUCUAGCACAACAUCCAGGUAUUAUAUUAAUAGUACUACAUCUCACUGAUAUUUCCCAGUGUGCACUGUGGAAGUAUGUAAUCUGAGAUUUGAGAAACAAUAUAGGUUUGCAUAAUUCCUAGAAACACUGUUUUGUUUUGUUUUUCUUCUAACAUUAGCUGUCUUUCGGGAUGGAUAGGUAGAUAUGAUGUAUUAGUUAGCCAUGUAGCCAGCCUCACAGGCCAGGCAUUUUACACCAGUGUUUGAACAGAUCCUCAAAUGGAACGGAUUCCUGUCAGGAACUCAUGAUCUGAGAUAGAGAUAGAUUCUCUAGUGUUUCUAGAUGGACUUGUUUGUAUAAAGUUGAGAACUUUUUGCCUCUGUACAGCCAUGUAGUCUCUCAGGAUGCUGAUGUGAUUUAGUCUACAUUUACAUAUUUUCUUCUGUCCAGAGCAGUUAGAGUGAUGCGGUGUAUACUGUGAGAUUGACACAGAUACACAUGCUCCAGACAAGACAGGGAGACUGGUGUAGAGAGAACAGAGGCAGCACUGUAAACACAAUAGCUGGACACCAACACACCAAUACACACCAACAAAAAUAGCGUAGUGUAAGUCACUACCAGGUAGACUAAUGAGUUGAUGGAUACACACACACACACACACACACACACACACACAUAUGCUCAGGGGGAUUUAAUUAUUGCAUUACAUAAAAUAAACACACUAAACAAUAACCUUGAACACAACCACACAGUCACUAUGCAAAGCUUAAUUCAAACGUCAUUGCAACCCUUUUCAGUUUGACCAAAGUUAAAUAAUCAUUUGGAGUUGACUCCGAUUCCAAGUGUUGAAGGAGUUGAUUCCACACAAUCUUUUAGGCCACAUGUCCUCGCCAAUGAACUCGGUGAGCUCUUUUUGUUUAAUGCCUGAAUAAACUCGUGCUAACAUUACCUAUACUUAAACGGGUACCUGACUCUUCUCAGCUUCUUUGGUUGGCCAGGUUCAAGGUUUUUUUUUUUUUUCUUUUUCUUUUCUCCUUUUUUCCCUCUGUUCUCUCUAAAUUGAAAUACUGCCAAGACUGCUCAUGUAUUUGCCAAGGAAAGAGGCAUUUGUCCAAUGUUAACAGUUGAAUAGUAUACAUUCUUGCACUAUGUCCUGUGUGAAUUGAGCAGAACCAUUUUAAUGUGUGGAAUUGACUCUAAAUCACUUCUGAUUCCCAGUGCCUGGAAUCAGGUAAUCAGCUCUUUUUGGGAUCAACUUCCAGCUGUGUGAAUGGAUAUAAAUAACAAGAUAUAAAUAAUUAUAUUUCUGUUUAGACCACAUUGCCUUUUAUACAAAUGUGUGCGAGUAGAUAUGCAGUGAGAGUGUACAGAUAUAUACACACGCGCGCACACACUGAUGUUUUGGUGGGCAGGGUUUCUUAUUAUUGGGUUUUUGUUUAUUUCUAUAGUGCUUUACUAUAUUUGAAACUUUUUUACACUGAAACACACACACACACACACACACACACACACACACACACACUGGAGCAUUGCCUUUAUACCCAAAUACAGCUGCUGCUGCAUCAACAUGCCUCUGUGUUAUCUCUGUGUGUGUGUAUGUGUGUGUUUUGAGGUGCCUCUGUGUGUUACAUACGCAUAUCCUGUUAAUCAGUUGACAAAAUCAUUCUAAUCUCUCAUUCUCAGGCUGCUUAAGUAUUGCCAUCUUUUAAGAGACCAGUCUGCAGGAGUUAGCAAUCCCCCAAAAAACUGUUUUCACUAUGAGAGUGUAUGAAACAUUUUGGACUAAAUUGAUGUUUAAGGGACCACCGUAAAACUACAACUGACCAGGUAUUAUUUGGGUGAUUAAGUAUUCUCAGCAAAACAUGAGAAAAUGAAACCUUUGUAAAACUGUAUACAUGUAUGUAUGUGUGUAUGUCAGCCAGUAGCUCAUUUUGUAGUGUUACAACCUGGAGUUGAAAUUGAAUUAAUUGGGAUUUUUUAAAAAAUUAUUUACUAAAUGUGUAACAUUUGAAGGUGCAAAUAUUUUUGCACCUUCAAAUGUUAAUUGUAAUUGUGUACAUCAAAGGUUGUUUUUUUUAUUAUUAUUUAAAAAAAAAACUUUUUUAAUUAAACAAAAAAGCAGACGUAUAUUGGAUUCAUAUUCAAUUUCAUUUUAGGAUGGCGCUGUAUUUGGCACCAUCCAUCAAACCUAACUGGUUUCCUAGUCCCUGCUGAUGAAAAGCUACCACCCCCAUGCUUCAAUGUCAGGACAGUGUUCUCAGAAUGCUGAGCGGUGUUGGAUUUCUGCCAAACGUAGAGCUUUAUGCCAAAGGCCAGAAAGUACAUUUUUGGUUUCCCACAAAUUUGCCGAGUCUCAAACUGGCAAUUAUAUUUGCCAUUUUUUUCCCCAACAGUGGAUUUCUUUUUGCCACUCUUCCAUAAGGUCCAGCUUUAUGGAGUGUCUGGGGUAUGGUUGUCCUAUGAAUAACUUCUGUCAUCUAAGCUAUGGAUCUCUCCAGCACCUCUACAGUUGCUCUUGGCCUCUUGGUUGCUUCUCUGACGAUCGUUACAGUCUCCUCUAGGUAGUCAUAGGGAGUUGCCGUGCCACAUUCUUUCCAUUUUUAAAAAAAAAUAAUGUAUUUAAUGGAAUGCUGUGGUAUGUUCAAAGUUUGGGAUAUUUUUGAAACCAAACCCUGAUUGCUACUUUUACGUAACUUUGUCCAUGACUUGUGUUGAUAACUCCUUGGUUUUCAUGAUGCGUCUUGAUUACGUACUGUGCCCUCCACUAAUAUUGGCACCCUUGGUAAAUAUGAGCAAAGAAGGCUGUGAAAAUUUGUCUUCAUUGUUUAACCUUUUGAUCUUUUGUUAAAAAAAUUCACAAAAACACUAUUCUCAUGGAUAUCAAACAGUUGCAAACAAAACACCGAUUUAUCAAAGACAAUAUCUUCGUGAAAUAUGAGAAACAUAUAUUUGAAGUAUAUUCCCAUUGAUGUUUGAAAAAAAUUUUAAUCUCACGAAAUUGUGAUCGGUUCAUGAGUUCGACCACAUUUAGAGACUACCGAUCGAGUCAUAGAAUGUAAUUAUCGGUCGAUACUGAUUGACGGCCGAUUGAUCAGAGCAUCACUAAUGGUUCUUCAAUUAGAGAGUUACAGACCUUUUAAUCUAAAGACUGAUGUGGAGCUUUUGAAUGAGAUUCAGACUUAGUUAAAACUAUAGGGCCAGCAAGCUGAGAAAACUUUAAGAAGACAGACGCCUGAAAAUGGUGACAAACCCAGCAAGGCACUUGCCCACUAACGUAGACAUGCCUAUGCAACCAUUCAAUUGACAAGACUGACUUCAAUUUAGGUUUUCUAACUAGCCAAUUGUAUAGUAAUUGCCAGUAUGAUGAAUUAUAUUUUAUGCUGCAUCUGAAUCCUCUCCUGAUUGUAGGUUGAUUAAAUAAAUUUUUAACAGCAUUUACAAUUCCAUUCAUUGAUUGAGGUUUCCAAAACAGUUCUAGAUGAUCUUGUAGGGUAGUGUUGGAGCCUCACAGCUCCAGGUUCAAUCCUGAGCUUUGGUUACUGUCUGUGUGGGUUUCCUCCCAUCUCUAAAGCAUGCCUUUAUGUGGACCGACUAUGCCACGUUCUCUCUAGGUGUAAAGGAGUGUGUCAGAAAAAUGCAAAAGAAAAAAAUAAAUGCAAAAGAAAAUCAAUAGAUAAUAGAUGCUUUUAGACCAUUAAUGUGUUGGUGUCCUUCAGUAGAGUCUUGAAAUCUUCAACACAAAGCAAUUCUCUCUUUUUUCAUUUGGAGUUUACUGUUAUAACCUGGAACUGAAAUGACAUAAUGGGACUGUGUCAUGACUCUACAUGAAAAAAAAAUCCCAUAAUAUUGAAAUGGGGCAAAAAUCAAUAGUCUGCAAAGUUAUUUACAAAAAAAAAGUUAGGAUUGCACAAGUAUUUACCUCAUUAGGGUGAAACCAAUAAAUUAGUUCUGGUUUGACCAGGUGUGAUCAGAAGUCACAUGUGAUCUCAGUGUAAAUAUCUGCUCCUGGCAGGCCCCAGAGUUUGUUAUAGAACAUACAGUGCCAUCCACUAAUAUUGGCACCCUUAGUAAAUAUGAGCAAAGAAGGCUGUUGAAGUCAAAAUUGACUUUGAUCUUUUGUUCAGAUAAUUCACAAAAAAUACUCUUCUCUCAUGGAGCUCAAACAAUUGCAAACACAACACAGGUUUAUACAAAAACAUCUUUAUUAAAUAUAGGUGUGCAACAAUUAUUGGACCCCUAUGAAUUCAUAUGAGAAAAAUAUAUUUGAAGUAUAUUCCCAUUGAUAUUUUACUUUUUUUUUUUUAGUACAUCUGCAUGACUAGGAACAGGAACUUGUUCAACUAUGACUUCCUGUUUUAGAGGGGUAUAAAUAUGAGGUAGCAGUACAGUGGGCAGUUUAACCUGAUAAUUUGUUUAUCACAAAGCUUAAAAACAGUCAUAGAUCAUCCAGGUAACAACCCAGUAUUAAGAAUCAAGCACAUGUGCAAUUUUGAACUGUUAAAAUGUAAUUAUCAUACAGCUGUCAUCAAUUAAAUUAUUCUGAUUAACCCCAACAAAAGACUAGCUGUUUCUGUAAAACUUUCUUCACAUCGUCUCUGUUUCAUCUGACUGCUGAAGCCAUGAUCUGCAAAGAGCUUACAAAGUGUACAUGGUAUCUCACUUGUUGAAAGGUAUCGAUCAGGAGAGGGGUAUAAAAGAAUGCCUGAAACAUUACAUAUACCAUAUAACUUUCUGAAGACCAUCAUCUAAAAAUACAGAAAAUGGAGCACCACAGUGACCUCACCAAGAACAAGACUUCCUUCCAAAACGUAUAAAAAGAACAAAAAAAUUACCAGGGAGGCUGCUAACAGACCUACAGCACCAUUAAAGGAGCUGCAGGAAUAUCUGAAGUACUGAUUACUCUCUUCAUGUGACAACAUUCUCUUGUUUCUUCACAUGUCUGGGCUGUGGGGUAGGGUUGCAAGAGGGAAGUCCUUUCUCAUAAAAAUACAUCCAAGCUCAAUUAAAUCACCCAAAACCAAAAUGUGGCAAAAUGUGUUAUGGGCUAAGGAGACCAAUUCCAAAAGGUAAAAUAAUUCCAUAAUUAGCAAAAGAUCACCAUACCCACGAUAUAGCAUGGUGGUGGCAGCAUCAUGUUUUAAUGCUGAUUUUCUUCAGCCAGAACUGGGACUUUUAUCAAGGUGGAGGGAAUCAUGAAUAGCUACAAAUAUCUGCCAAUUUUAGUACAAAACCUUCAAGUGUCUGUUAUUAAGCUGAAGAUGAAAAGGUAUUUCACCUUUCAGCACGACAAUGACUCAAAGCAUACAUCCAAAUCAACAAAGGAGUGGCUUAACCAAAAGAAAAUCAAUGUUUCUGAAUGGCCUAGCCAGAGCCCAGACCUGAAUCCAAGUAAUAAUCUGUGGGCUGACCUGAAGCGGGCUGUGCACAGGAGAUGCUCUCACAGUUUGAUGGAUCUAGAAUGUUGUUGCAUUGUACAGUUUGUAAUUUUUUACAUUAAAGCUGGAAAUGUUCUGA